CAGUUUAUUCUUGACCAGAGAAACCGCAAUGAUGUUCAAACUCUUUGGUCUUCUCAUUUUCAUUGAUACUUCACUGGCUGUGGAUGUUGUUCAGCCCAACCACCUGAUGAAGGUCCAGCAUGGAGACAGUGUGACCCUGACAUGCUUCCGUCCAGAAGAUAUUUCUUUUGCAGUUUGGUUUAAGCAGGCUGCUGGUCAGAAGCCCCAGCUGAUGGCGAAAGCACUUCGCUAUGUACCUGGUGAAUUUUACGAGGAAUAUAAAAACAUAACACGUUACUCCUUACAGAAUGCAGAGGGGAGUUUUAACCUCACUAUUUCCAACGCGGAGCCGUCAGAUUCUGCAGUGUAUUACUGUGCUGCUGUGUUCUAUAAUGAAAUCGCAUUUGGAAAUGGAACCUUUGUGAUAAUCACAGGUAAAGACUCCAACAGCAGGACUGUGGUACAGCAGCCUGUGUCUGACACAGUGCAGCCUGGAGACUCUGUGAGCCUGCAGUGUACAAUAGAGACUGGGAGCUGUGCAGGAGAACACAGUGUUUACUGGUUCAGACAUGGAUCAGGAGAAUCCCUUCCAGGAGUCAUUUACAGCCAUAGGAACAGGAGUGAUGAGUGUGAGAAGAGCCCUGAGGCUGGAUCUCCUACACGGAGCUGCGUCUACAGCCUCCCCAAGAGGAACCUCAGCCUCUCUGAUGCUGGGACUUACUACUGCGCUGUGGCCAUGUGUGGGGAGAUGCUGUUUGGGAACGGGACCAAGCUGGAUAUAGAUGAAUUCCAUUGUUCUUCACAGAUGAUGGUGCUUAUCUGUCUCUCCAUUAUAAGAGCUGGACUUCUCCUCUCUUCUCUGCUGAUAUUCACCCUCUGCUAUGGCGCAGUCAAGCUCAUCACAGGACAAACAAAAUCACGCACUGUGGGUAAUUCAGGGACAGAAGGCUAA